UAUAGCCAACUGACCCAAUUCAGUAAUUGGGCCAAAGGCCCAGAUUAGAGUUCCUUUCUUCAUUUUGCUCCUCCCUUCACAUUCUGCUUUCCCUCGAAAACACACAGGCAGCCAUUGAAGUAAGAGGAAUAAGGAAAAUCUCACAUAUGAGUGCUGGUGGAGCAUUUGGUGGGAAUAGGGGAGCGAGACCAGUACCACCAGAAAAAGGAGUCUUCCCUUUAGAUCACAUGCAUCUCUGUGACCUGGAGAAGAAAGAAUACAUCAGUUGUCUGAAAUCCGCUGGUCAUAAAUCUGAUAAGUGCAGGAACUUCUCCAAAAAGUACCUUGAAUGUCGUAUGGAAAAGUUAGAACUUGAUGGCAAAGCAAGACAUGUCAGAACUUGGAUUCGGAAGGGAAGGCGACGUUGAAGCUUCAGAAGAGAAAAAAGAAGGCAUGAUUAGUAACUGACAUGAACAAUUUCUUUGCCAGGUUUUGUUACCUUGGAAAAUGUGGCUGUGAAAAUUUGAAGAGCUAUUUUGUUGGACUGAAUUGUUCCGGAUUUACGGAUCAAAAAAAAAAAUGUUCUGGAAUUUUGUUCGGCUCCCUUUUUACAUGUAAUGCCGAACUUAACAAGCCCUAGUGUAGGACUCAAGUUGCACUUCAAGUUUGAAAGUACAGAAGCCAUGAAAUGCUUCAUUUUUUCUUUUGGUACUUUUUUCCAUUUGCUCUCUUACGAAGUGCUCGUAGCCUUCGUUGGAGUAUUUGCUUAUUUAGGGUCGUCUGGUCAUCUAUAGUUUAGCUGCUUAUGUUGUGAAUGAUGGCAACCCAGCUUAUUUACUUGUUAUGACAAACUAUCGGACUUGUUUA